AUGAGGGUGGAACAGCGUCAAGUAGCCGAGCCAGUCAAGGAUCAGGCGAAAGAGAAGCCUAUGAGGGUUAAACGAAGGGCGUCAGAGAGGCAACAGCGGUCGACUUCGAAGGGCAAGGAUGCUAAGGAAGUCAAGCAGUCCAAGUCCACGACCGGUAAUGACCUGAACACGACAGAAGACCGCAAUGCGAAGGAAGGUGCUGAAGAAGCUGGGAUGCGGAACGAGGACAUGAGGCGGAUGGCGUCCACUAUGCAACAGUUAACGAGGGCGGUGGCUGAGUUACAAGCGUCUUCUAAGGCUGCGCAUGGAGUUGACGGUGAACGACGUCCCAGACGCGCACGUGGAGGAUCCCAACAACGUGUGCAACGAGUACGUCGAGCAUCAAGUGUCGACGGAGUUGUUGAGGAGGCCCAGGAUGCCGAACACGAUGAACACGGUGACGAUGAGGCACCACGAGGUGAUGAAUUGGUGACGAGUGCAGCUACGAGUAGCUGUGUAGCUCCGGACAAUCACGCAGACAUGGAAGCAAUGGCGUCCGCUAUUCAGAAGUUAACGACUGUGGUCGCAAGACUGCAGCCAGCCCCGGCAAGAGGCCAAAGCCACAACGUUGGUCGACGUGUGGUGCGACGAAGUGAGUCGCGUAAUGAGGGUAUGCGUUCGAGUGGUGAUGAAGACAACAGCCCAUCCGGUCGGAGCAUUAGUGAUAACGACGAUAGCGACGAUGACCCUAGUGAUGAGAUCGGCGAUGCUGAUGAUGAUGACGGCAGCGGUGGCGAGAGCAGCGAGCCGAGUAGUAGUUCCAGCGCCUCCAGUGAUGAGUCGACGGAAUCUAAUGAUCGACGAGGGCGAAGAGAACGCCGACGCAGAAGACAUGAACAACGCGUACGUCGUGAGCGACAUGAACGACGUGGGCGGCAUGCUCGAAAUGCACAACAUGAAGAACGGAGAAGACAACCACGGCGUAAGAGUGUAAAGGACUUGGAGUUGCAGACCUUCACUCCAUCGCCAAAGGUCUCGGUUUCGACAUGGAUUGACAGAGUAGAUCUAGCAUUGAAAGGAGCAGCCGAGUGUGGAUCACGUUGGUGGGUGAACAUGAAUCGACGAUUACCAUCACGUGACAGGACAUGGACUUACCUAAAGAAAGCGCUUCUACGAAGGAUGAUGCCUGGAGAGACGUACUCUGAUUUUGCAGCUGCAUUGCGAGAUGUGGUCGGUCGUAAUAAAGUCAGUGAACGUGUUCUUUUAGCGCGGUUUUUCAGGAACCUAGAUAAGACUACGAAGAAGUUGGUGAAGCAGCGACCGAAGCCUAAAACCUUGGAAGAAGCCGUGGAUAAAGUCAAUGAAAUUGAUAACCCUAUGGACAACGUAGCUCAAGGCAUGCAGAACAUCGGACAGCCGUGGGCCACAGCUCCAUGUCCUUAUCUAGUACCAGUUGAAGGCACGACAGGCCAGACGUUAGUGAUUCCGGGUAUCGGUGUAACUGGAUUGCCAACGGAGUUAAAGAUGGCGAGUGCAGGUGGUGCAACAGCCGCGGAAGCAGAGCACGGAACUUUGGCUCUCUUUACAAACCCGCAGGGCGUGUGGAACGAGUACUCAGGCGCGUGGGAUGUGCCAGCGGGCCGCGUAUGGAACGGCAAGUUCUGGUAUGAGCCACGGAAGGCUAGCCAAAAACGCUCUACCGAAAAUGCAGUCAGAAGUCGACGGGAAGACAUGAAGAGGCCAGUGAAAGCCCAGAAGACGAGGGCGGAGUCCCCGAUAUCGAGCUGCGACGAGUCCGACGUGAAACCACAGCGUAAGAAACAGAAAGCCGCUGUACGGCAAGUGGCAGAACCUCGUCAGGAACAACGAAGUGGCGGUAGUCAAGCACCAGGAAGAUCAAGAGAAGUGCAGGACAUGCGGGCAUGUUGGAAGUUCGGCAAGAAUGGACACUGGGCGGCACAAUGUCCGACUGGACCUAAAUGCUACGCGUGUAAUCAGUAUGGGCACAUGGCCAAGGACUGUACAGACGCUGAAGUGAAGGCCAAGAACGAAGAGAACCUGCGAAAGCGAAAGACCGAAGUCAAGCUGAUGACAAGUGUGGGAACUCGUGGUGUUAACGACGAUAAGGACGAGAGCUCAAGGAAUGAUGAUGAACACCGACACGACAAGACAUGCAUGGUCAAGUCAGUGGAGAUGAUGCAAGACGAAGUGAAGGACGGAAGGUCAGUUGAGUACGACUUAGAGCCGCAGAACCUGGAGUUGGAUGAAGACCAAGGACCGGGAGACGCAGCCGGAAGAAAAGACACGGAAGGCGUGACGAAGCAGACGACUAGUGACACGAACUUGUUGGAUCAAUUGUGGCAGUGCCUGACUACCGAAGCGGCCAAGAAGGAUGGUGAGCGCGCAGCUCGCUAUGUGGCAACAGUGCGGCCGGCAAUGGCGGUGGGACGGUAUAUGCGUUCCGAUACUAUGCCACUAGAAGACGACGAGGAGGACGGAGUGUGUCGUUCUGAAGAAGGCGUUAACGUGGAGACCGGUGUGACGCCGGAGGAUGUGGAAUGUAACGCCAGUGGUGACGGCGACGUGACCAAGGAAGCAAUGACGAAGGGUAGUGACGAUGGCGUGAGCCAAGACAUUGCCCGAGCGCGAAUGGUCAGGAAGCUGGAGUACAACCAAAAGAAACGUCAAAGAGUGAAGCGUGCACUGGAGAAACGACGCGCCGCUGAACAGGAAGCACCACGGCGACAAACCAAUGAAACUGAGCAACGACGAGAUCGUCAACGACAAGUCAAAGACGCCAUUAGACGACUCGAAGAACGUCGACAAGGACAGAAUGAGGUUGGGUUACAAGACGAGGGCGGACGAGCCAGAGUUAGCCUCGUACAACGACGACAAUUAGGAGUCAAAGCUGAAGUUCCCGACGUAGCAGCUAACGACGGACUACCUACAGCGAAGGUGAAGAUUGACGGUGUGACCAGAUACGUGAAGCUCGACAGUGGAGCCAGAUGCACUAUCGCGGAUCAUGCAGCGCUGAAGUGGUUAAUGACGAGUACGAAUCUAACUGGAAAGUUGCAUCGCUGGGCUCUUACUCUUCAAGAAUAUGAGUUUGAAGUAGAAUAUCGUCCAGGCAGUACGAACAUGGUAGCGGAUGCGCUAUCUCGCUCUCCGGUAAAAGUUUUGGCAGCAGCUGGAAAAAGAAGGAGAGGAAGGCGACGCGUAGUCAAAGAAGGACGGUCAGAGGGUCACAAAUCGCGGUGUGAGGACGGUGACUGGCGGGACGAGGCGGUAGUUACGUCCAGAUGUACGGAUGACAAACACCCGAGAAACAACGAGGCCUUUGAAGGUAUGCACGAGGAGUUGGCGAUGACGGAGAGCACAACGAUGGAACCAUUGUCACUCUACAACGACGGUGAUACUACGACAGCGACGUUCGGAGUACAGCGCCACGACGGAAAUGAAGGCACGACUGAAGAAGGCACAGGCGACGUCGAAGUGACCACGACGCCAGUGAACACAACAAAAGAGGUGCGAACGAGUAUUGAUGGAGGCGGCGAGCUAAUGAAAGAGGUUUCGGCGGUAAGGGCCAGAGAGGACAACCCUAUCAACGAGGAACACAAAGAAAGCGAGCUAGCACAAAGCACAACAUCAAAGAAAACAACACGACCAAGAACGAUGACAGACGCAAGAGCUACGAGGCAACGGAAGGUUGUUGAGCAGCCAGUGUCGAUAGUAUCAUCACGACCAAUGACAAGAGCGGCAAGAAGACGUCAAGAGGAUGCAGAACGCAAGGCACGCGACGAGAUGAUGACAGAGGACAAGAAUGUGAACACGAUGUCGACAGUGGAUAAAACUUUGAACACGGACAACAUCGCGGAAGACCAAGUGAUGUCAAAGCCGGCGUCAGAUGCAAGUCCGAGUGCGAUGAUGACGCGUCAUGAUGAAGAUCACAACGGCGAUAACGAACGACAGGCCAGGUUAAUCGCGACAGUCAACACAAAGGACGCAAUGACGACUAAAGAGCCAAGACGACGUGUUACCUGGGCAAUGGACAAUGUCACGAAUGCGACGGAUACUAGGAUUACGGGUGUACACGCGGGAUGUUUCACAUCCUGGGCUCAGCUGUGUGAGCAGCUUCGAGCCGCGUUCCUCCCGGCAAAAUACGAGUAUCGCCUGCGCUCGCGCUUCCUCUCAUGCCAACUAGGGAAGCGCGAGCUGCACGAGGACAUCCAAGAGAUGCGGGAGCUUAAGGCAUCCCUAGUGGGCAACCCACUGAACGAACACAUCAAGGUGACAGUGUUCAUGGACGGCCUUCGAGUGGGCCCGGCGCGCACUCAGCUAUUCCGGGUGGACGCGCACUCAGCUAUUCCGGGUGCAGUCAACCACCCUUGA